AUGCACUCACUUCCGCCUGAUGUCGCGGCUCAUACCAGAGGCCCUGCUAUGAUGGCAGUCAUGUAUUCACUCACUACGCUUUCAUCCCUCGCUGUCGUAGGCAGGGUCUUUUCGAGAUAUAAAAAGCUCGGUCGCUUAGCCAUCGAUGACUACGUUAUAAUCCUGUCUCUUGGCUUCGUAUUCGCCUACGUAGCGUGCUGGACGGCCGCUAUCUUAGCCGGUAGUGGACGCCACCAGGCGACUCUGACCGUCGACGAAUUCCAUCGUUCUGUAUUCUUCCUAAUGAUCGGCCUAAUCCCAGGAGUGCUGUCGCUCGCGCUUCCCAAGUUCGCUGUCGUCAAUCUACUCGUCAAGAUCCUCUUCCCAUCACCCCGGCACGUCCGGUUGCUUUGGGGCCUCGCAAUCGCAAACCUUGUCCUUAUGCUCGGUGCAUUCGGGGUCCGUUUCUCGGAGUGCGACCCGCCAGAGGCUCAGUUCACUUUAUAUGCCCCUGCCAAGUGCCGUAGCUCGACUGCCAUAAUUGUCUAUUCAGUUAUUGUGGGAUCAUUUUCCGCCGUGGUAGACUUCUACCUUGCUUUAUACCCAGCUGUAGUACUAUGGUCAUUACAAUUACAUCUGAAAAAGAAAUUGGCCCUUAGCGUGGCCCUUGGCUUUGGUGUUUGUGCUGGCUGUGCUGCUAUACGCAAAGUCAUGAUGGUGCCAGGUAUGGGAGACGGCAAAGACUAUACUUAUGCUUCAGGGAGCCUUGUGAUCUGGAUAAGUGUCGAAACAAACUGUGUGAUAAUAGCCGCCUGCAUCCCGAUGCUCCUGCCUUUCUUUGAACUAUUAUUUGGGAAGAGGUUUUUGUCAGCGCCACCUCCGUCGUCGUUGAGUCGAAUAAGUGAUUCAAAGCCUGGAAGCAGGACAGGAAAUCUCAGUGGGACCAACAAGACAGUCGAAACGGAGAGGCGGAGAAUAAGAGACGAGGUGGAGGAACGCAUGGAGGCCGUCCUGCUUCUCGAGGAGCCGGGUCAAGAUGAGGAAGGCGGCCAGAGCCAGAGGGCAGACAAUGUUCGUCAACGUAGGCUACAGCAUACCUAG